UCUACAUGGUUAAAAAUAACAUAGACUUAAAAUGGUUGCUUUAAAAAUUAACUACUCAAGGGCCGAGGCUGAACAUAUUUCAGAGAGGGGACCAGGGACAAAAGGAUGCAUUUUAAAAACAAAUUUUUUAGGAGGGGACAAGCCCCUCCCCUCCCCCGGUUCCCUCCCAUGGAUCCGCCCUUGCUGUUUCAUGUUGUUGAUCACUAUAUGAAUUUCCAUUAUUUUACAGGUUAUUCCGAAUUACAACAAGAGUUAUUUUACCCAGGCUCGGACCAGGUCCCCAGUCUACUGCUAACAGAUAUGACGUCAUCCACGACUCUACACCCUCAGCCGAUCUACAGCGACCCGUUCCACCCACUGCGCACUCCGACGUCACCCCUGGGGCUGUAUUCCGCCUUCCACCCGUCGUUCGCUUCCGACGCCGCACGAAUGGCUUUCUACCCGAUUCCAAGUUACGUGGCCUUCAACUCGUUCCAGAUGAACACCCUCGCCUGUGGCACCUACCAGGACUGCCACUGUGCCGGGGACGGCCUGCCACCCAGCCCCUUGCUGUCGAUGCCGCUGCCCCACUAUCCCAAGGCUACAAGUUUCUCUCCGACUAAAACGACCAGUCCAGGUUUUCUGAAUUCACGGGAUCGAGUGGAAAGUGAUGCCGAUUCCCCGCCGGAGAAGCCCAAACACAAAGUUCGAUUUGACUUCUCGAGACUAGCCGAGUCAGCCACACGUGACCUGCAAGAUCACGUGACUGACUGCACCGACCCAGACGAGGAAGGAAGUCGUGACGCUCGAGUUUUCAGUCACGCUCUGGCGGUUUUACAAGAUAGCAUCAGGUAUAACCAGCUGUGGAGUGGUGUACAUUUCACGACAGGUCACAGGUCGGUGUGUGACGGAGAUAAACUGAAGGUCAAGCGGUCUCGCAGGGUAAAGAAGGAGUUCAUAUGCAAGUACUGCCGACGUCACUUCUCCAAGUCGUACAAUCUGCUUAUCCACGAGCGCACACACACGGAUGAACGGCCCUUCCCCUGUGAAAUCUGCGGCAAGGCGUUCCGCCGACAGGACCACCUUCGAGACCACAGGUACAUUCACUCCAAGGAGAAACCCUUUAAGUGUAACACGUGUGGCAAGGGAUUCUGUCAAUCAAGAACGCUAGCAGUACACAAAGCCACGCAUGCACAGACACUCGACCACAAGCCUGCUAACCACUGUACCCAGUCUGCCUCUAGGAAUUCGAAGUGUCCACGCACCGCUGAUCCACUGGUGAGAAUAAAGUCUGAGACGCUGAUGACCUCUUCCAAAUAUCAACCGGAGUCGCACGAUGAACACCGAUAUUCUACGAAAAUCACCGAAGCCAAAACCUACGGAAAUCUGAACUAAAGAUACUGUGUGGACACGUGUCCAGAUUUAUAAACAAAAACAACGCACGAGGUUCAUUUUUUAUGGAGAUGACGUCACUAAUUGUACAAACUAAUUUGUACGAGGAACCUGCAUGAUGAAAUGUUGCAGACUUUCGUUUUCAAAAAACAAAAAACGCCCCCAAAACAGGAGGUGAAAAUGGCACUACACGAAAUAAACUGAAUGGCAUCACAAAGAUCAACCCGUGGCGUGUUUAGGAGGGCGAGCGCUCGCGAACAAUUUGACUGGUACUAUCUCAUUCUAUCAUACUACAUGCAGUUAACAUUAGGCGCAAAAAACCAGUUUAGCGAGAGACCACGAUUGCUUGUCUUCCUGAACAUGCUUCUAGUCAAGGUUAUUUGAACCUCGAACACAGUCAACACGUGAUCGGGACAUCACGUGACCAGUACCAUGUGACACAGGCACUCACUUGAGUGCCUACGUAUACGAGACCUAACUAUAGCUAAGUCGUGUUAACUGGAAUAGACCCCAUUAAUUUUUGUUAUGGUUUUACCUUCAACACCUACCAAUUAAAUAUAUUUUCUUGACAUUAUUAUGCAUCAAAACAAAAGCUAAAGGUAUAUAAAAGUUUGUUUUUUUCGGAAGUUUUCAAACUGUAAAAUGCUUAUGUGAAGAAAACCAGGCCUGU